AGACAUGAUCAGUGAUUAAAAGGGACUAUUCUAAAGUUGGCAUGAUGAGUCUCCAUGAUGAGUGUCAACAAGAAGGGAUUAAAUGCUGGUGCUGCAAGCAACAGCGUUGUGAACGGCUGGAGGACUGAACAGCACUAUCACCAAAAGGAUUUGUAUCCUGAACUAAUAGCCGAUACUGAUAAUCUUUUAGAUGCUGUAAGCGAUAACAUGAUAUGGAUUUUCUUUUCAUCGCCGUCAUCACCAUCACGGACUACAGCUGGAAAUACGAUAGCAGCAGCAGAGAUAGCAGAAAUAAUGCAUCGGCAAGAGCCAUCUAGAAGUCGAGUUAACGCGCAAAAUCGGAAUCUGCAGUCACAACAGAACGGUAACAAUAAUGACGGUUUUACAACGCUUGUACAUGGAACAGUGGAUGAUGAUCGAAGACGAAAACGUUUCCGUCAGCGUGUCAAUAAGAAGGGAUUAAAUGCUGGUACUGCAAGCAAUAGUGGUCGAACGGCUGGGAAAUUGGAAACAAGUGAAAUGAUACAGGACGAACAGAAGCAGCAGGAAACAACCACUGUGGAUGGGAAAGUGACAAAAAUACCGAGUGAUUUCAAGGAUGCUUAUUGGUACUAUGAUCCAAAAACUGAUGGUUUCUAUUAUGAUUCAAAAGGUUCCCGUGGCUGGCGUCGACGAAAUCCCGCUCAUGAAAAGAAGCUACUUCAAGACAGAGAUGGAUUAUCGUGCUUGUGGGCUGAUUCAAAUUUUGUUUCAUAUGGUGGCGGUGAUCCAUAUGGAUAUCAGUAUAACAGUAUCAGUCACUUUGCUCCCCAUAUUCAAUAUUAUGAUCCGGAAACUGAUGGUUACUAUUUUGAAAUGCCUUCCGUUGAUGGCUGGAAGAAGCGUCAACCACAUUCCGUUAGCAGCGCCGUUAUGACAUCAUUAACAGGUUACAGCAGUAACCGAAUGAUGAUGAAUCCGAAUGCGUUUCCUGUGGUAUCAGCGCAGCCAAGCGCUGCUGAUGCAAUGGAUGUACCACGAACAUCAUACGGUGCUGCUCUAGCUCGAGGACAGUUACCGCCGUGCACUGUUAGAACUAAUAAUGCUAUUACGAGUAGUUCCAGAAAUCUAAAUGGAAUACUGAAAGACACUUUUUCGAGUGCUGAGCUAUCAUUUUCAACGCUUUCAUCGAACGAUGAUUUUGGCGCUGCAUCUUCACUGAUAUUGUUUGGCAAGACCUCAACAGAAUGGGAUAAAAAAGGGAAUAGUCAAAGAAACUGCAAUACGGGAAAGCCUUUUUCGUAUGCAGAUAUUGUGGCAUCACCGUGUGAUACAACCGCUAAUGUUGAUAAUAUUGAGAACAAUCCUCCACUUCAACAGAUCACGGACACUCACUAUAAACGACCGGAAACACUGGAAUUGCACAGUUUUACGGAAGAAAAUGAUGUAGGUCGAGUAGCAAAUGAACAAGACAUAAAAGGAUCUGGACUGACUAACUUUAAUGCAGAUAAAUUCAUCGCUGACCUCCCAUUCAAUAGCACGGAUCGAGUACUACGAGAUUUGGCAGCAUUGAAAACACCGUGUUCGGCGCCAGUUUGCAGUAUGGAUUCUCCUCACACACCAUCUGUCAUGAAAGGGCUGUAUUCACCACUGGGAAUACCAAACCAGGACAUCGAUGCUUACAGUGCUAUUUGCGAUAUGGAGUUAGUGCUGAGUCAGAUUUUGAGCUGUGCUGACGAGAAGGAAUGGGUACCAGAGAGAGCCUCUGCAGGGACAUCAAAAUUAAAUUUUUGGCGUAAUCCUGGUCUAGUUGCUGGAGUCGCGGGUGUUUCUUGUGACAAUGUAUAAGGAGCUAAAAAAAAUUAAGAAGAUAAGUUGAUGGCCGCAACAGUUUUCUUGUUUCAGAAUUAAAAGGAUUGUCAUUAGUUUUUA